GUAUUUUUUUAUAAAUCAAUCACUUUCAAAUAAUUAUAUCAAAAUGGCUGCCCCAAAUCCAGCAGGAGAGGGUGUAGGUGCCUCUGAACCAGGAGCCGAUGGAAUUGUAGGUGGACCAAAAAAUCCACAACAGGUGGCCGCACAACGUAGGCUUCAACAAACGCAAGCUCAAGUGGAUGAAGUUGUGGAUAUUAUGAAAACUAACGUUGAAAAAGUAUUAGAAAGAGAUCAAAAGCUCAGUGAAUUAGAUGAUCGAGCUGAUGCUUUGCAACAAGGUGCAUCACAAUUUGAACAACAAGCUGGAAAACUAAAAAGAAAAUUCUGGCUACAAAAUUUAAAGAUGAUGAUCAUUAUGGGCGUAAUUGGACUAAUAAUACUCGCCAUCAUUGUCAUGAAAUUUAUGCCAGACAACCCUCCGCAACAACAACAAAUGAUGUAUCAAGUGCCACCUCCUGGUGCACCAAAUCAAAUGGUGCAACAAGCACCCCCACAACCACAGAAUAUUGUUGCCGACAAGGAAGUUGGAGGUGGACAAGCAAAAUCAUUAACAACAUUACGACUUUCAAAUUUAUUAUCUUUAAAUUAACUCAUUUUCAACCAAAAAAUAAUUAUUGAUCAAUUUUCAUAAAUAAAAAUGUUCAAUUCUUUAUACAAUACAAUCUUUGCACUCACGUAAAACGCACGCAUGUCUUUGACGCAAUCGCAUUAUUAUAUAUAUUUACAACGAACUAUAUAACAUAUGUAUGUCAAAAAGUAUUCGUUCUACAGCGUGAAGAGAUAUGCGUGAAGAGUAGUGUUCUUUACAUCUAUCUCAUCUGAUCCUCUAUAAAAGAAUAGAAGUAAUGAACACGUCCGUCUUGAGUGCACGGUUGAGUACGAUUCUUUUUCAUUUUAAAAACAUCGCGAACAUUUAAAUAAAAAACACCAUUUCAGUAAAUAUUUACUGAUAAUUAUUUACUGUUUCAUAGAUAAUAUUUACUGUUUAAAGGAAAUUAUCUUUAAUAUGUAAUGUAUAUAAAAAAAUAUUUAAAUAAGUAGAAAACAAACAAUUGUUUUUAGCAUAAAAAAAACAAAAGCUGAACUCGUUUGUAAUUUGUAAAAAUAAACAAAUCUGUCGCUCGCUGCCGUUUAUAAGUAAUUAGUAUUGCUAUGUAAUUGCUUCAAUAAAUUAUAUAUUUCCAACAAAAGAAACCAAAAUUUAACUAAACGCAAAAAAAAUACACUUUUUUAUGUCAAUCAUUUUUAAAACAAAUCGAAAAAGCACUCACGCAUUGUGUAAAGAAUAACAUACAUUCUCUAUGAAUAUAUUCUUUAUGAAAUGUACUCGUGUGAACGCACUCUAAUCAAUAAACAUUUUGAGUGUAAUGUAAGCUAUUUAUAAAAAAUUCCAUUUAUAAAAUACGUAUUUUAGAUUAGAGAAAAAUAAGAGAUUUAUGUUUUUGGUCUCAACAGCGAAUCAAUGACAGAAGCUUUUUACAUGCGAAUGUGAUUCAACAUUCAACGGGUACUGAAUUUGAGUUAUGACAAUACAAUACAUAUAAAGCUCAGAAUUUUCAUGUUCUGUUCUUACAUUUAAUACUGCACUGUUUGCAGAAUCAAGACCACUCAUUCUGCAAACCAAUUACUUUACAAACAAGGUUGACAGGACUUUAGCACUAGCAGUGCUGAGUACAGUGCAGUGCAGUGCAGUAGGUAGCAAAGAAAAUAUAGUAAAGAACAUGAUUAUUUUGACCUAUAACUAACUGUAGGUAUCCUUAUUACAUACAGAGGUAGGCACACUUGUUACAGGCCAGAUCUGUGGACCUGUGGACCUGUUACUACAUCGCAUCGCUUGUAAACAGAAUCAGAUAAAAACAAAAAAAGGUUUUAUACUUAAGUUGUUACUGAAUUGAGUUAAAUUCUGUGUAGAUAGGUUGAUAUAUAUUUUAAAUUUGUGCGAGCUAAGAACCACACACAAUUCAAAUCUUGGAUUGUGUUUGUAUUGUACAAGAUGUACAAGUGACAUAAUGACAUGGUAUCUAACUAAAUACAAUACACAUUAAAAAUCUUAUGUACAAACAAAAGUAGUUAGUUAGUAUAGUUAGUACCAAACCAAAUCAAACCAAAAUUAAAUAUUAUCGUUAGUCGUUAUUCGUUAUCGAUACGGAUACGAUAUCGAUAAAGUUCAUCAUUCAUAUGUGUACAAUUAAAUUUAAAAAGCACUUUGAGAUCGCACUUGAUUUUUUGAAUUCAUUUUACGAACCUUUGACAAAUAAUAAAAAUCACACUAAUUGUACAUAACGAUUUAUAUAAAUUACUAAUUAAUAUGAUGCAGAAUCAAUUCUUUUAGUUUAUAUAAAAAAAAUAACCACAAUCCAACAAACCCCACGCAUGUGUUUUAGAGUCAAAUCAAAAACAUGUUUAUUAACAAUAAUUAGAGGGCUGUUUAAUUAAUGACAAAAAAAUUAAUUAAUUAGUUUGUUCUUAAUAUAGUUUUAGUACAUAUAUUAAUUAAAUGGCCUUAAUACGUUUUAUUUAAAAAAACAAACAAAAAAAUAACAAUAAAAAUAACAAGAACCAUUUGAACGAUACAUAAAUAUCAUAUGUAUCGUGUAAAUGAGGCUUUAGAAAGAAAUCAUACGAUAAAUAAUAGGGGAGAUAACAAAAUUAUUUUAAAGAUUUUUUUUAUUUUGGAAUUAGAAUGUGACGUUAUCAUGUUUUUAAUAGUUUUACGGGUCCAUACAUCCUUAAUAGACGAAAAGGGCGUAAAGUUUACAGAACGAAUUGAGGAAGACUUUUAAUGUUUCAAAAAUAAAUACUAUUUGGUACAUGAUGACGUCAUGUUUGUAAAGAAUCUUAAAUCAAGUUUUAUUUAAUUUUUUAAUUAAUGUUAGCUCCCCGUUUAUUUUUGAGUUAAAAAAAUUAUACACUCUCCCGAACUUACCCUAUUUCCGUGUAUGUUACAAAAAGAAGAAAACAAAAAAAUGUUAUAUAAAGAGAAAA